CAUGAGCCACCGAGACAAAGCAACACAUCAUGUGAGUGUGUUUUCUCUGCUUCUGGCUGACUUUGGACUGAGUUCUCGCACGUUUGGAUUCUGUCAAGGGAGGCGAAAAACCGAAGGGCGGCGUUGGCAUUAAUGGACGCAUUGUGGACCAAUGGGAGGGAAGUGGUGAGGAUGCAACAGUGAUCCAGGAAAAAAAAAAAGCCCAUUGUUCCCGGGACGUUGGAGGAGUGUGACCACUUCUUCUGCUCGCUUUAGCUGCUCUGCCUGUCUGCACACUGACGGAGCCGGUACGCCGCUGAGAGGUCAGCAUGAGUGGGGGAGUCAAUGUGAAAUCGCCCCUCCGGGCCCCUCUCUCGUCAGGAAUCCCCCUUCCGCACAGCCUGUUGCCAUCCUCCCCCAAAGCAGACACCCGCCGCCGGGCCGGUGACCUGCCCAGGCCGUCAACGCAUGCCUCGAGACAGACACCCACACGCAGUCCCGCACACACGCCCAGACACUCUCCUUCGCUUUGCCCACGCAGCUCCAGCGUGGCCGGGCGGUCCUCCGCGGACCCGAGGAGAGACUCGGGCCUGAGGAGUCCGCUCUUACAGCGGAUGGGGGCUCUACCUGUUCCACCAGGGUCGCGCUCCGCCCACAGCAGCCCGCUAACCCAACGCAAGGUACCGCAGCCUUACUCUAAAGACACACUGGAUCUGGGAAGACCCAACACGUCCCACAUCCCCUCCCAGCAUCCACAUGACGGCAAUCACAACAGGAACACGCCCGCCAACAACAACCAAACGUGCGGUACCAGCAACCUGCGUCCGCCGCUUCAGUUCAGAAGAAGAGAUAACUCCUGCUCCAGUGAGCUCAUGACACAGAGAGAAAAAGAGCCUCCGGAUUACCCCCCGGCCCAGUCCCCAACGUCAAACAACGUUUUUCUCCGUCCCUCUCUCGAUCGGAUGGGCAAUGAGCAUGCUAUCAGAGUUCGCGGGGACUCCGCCAGCCAAUCAGACGAGGAGAUGGGCUCUCCUGAAGACAGCAGUCCGGCCUCCUCUCCAUGUCCCCUUCUUCCGCCACCGAUCACAUUCAACAUGCCAAUGAUGUCCGAGAUUGCUGUCGAUACGUUGGAUCGAAGCCUGGAUAAAGAGGCUGCGUCCGCAGCGACACACACACCCAGAGUCAACAUGGCUACUGUGGCGCCCUUCAGCUACCGGCUGCAUUCACAGGACAACGUUUUUUCAGUGGAUGAACUGAGUGACUGCUCAUCUGGAUCCAUAGAAGUCUGCUGUGACGACCUAACACUAGGAGGGAUGCUGGAGGCUAAUGUGGCUAACAUUAGCAUGACGGCCAAGCCCAGCGAGCUGGACUUGAGGUCUGCUGCCGUCUCUUGCCAGGAAACCUCGGCCCAGGCCAUGGCCUCUAAGAAGCCUCCGGCCAAGCCUUCCGCUCUUCCCCUGGGACACUCGCGUGCCUCUGGGUCAGAGCUCAAGGUCUACCGGCCCUCCUCUGGAUCUAUCCCCGUGCCCGCUCCCAAUCCGUCCAGGCUCCGCAAGCAGAGGUCGCUUAAUAACUUGUGUGUGCUCACGGAUGCUGAGAAGAAGCUGCACCUGUAUCAAUCUCCCCGCUGGAACGACGACGCGAUCCGGCCCGGCACAGACGCCAACAAGCCAAGCCAGCUUAAGAAAGUUCAGGCCGGCGGUGGCAGGACACCACUUUGUCGAACCCUUUCCAAGUCGGAACAGUCCCUCUUCCAGGGUAAGCCAAAAGCUCUUUGCCCCCCAUCGGUUACUCCUUACGGGAACAAGCCGAGCCGAAUACCUGCCCCCGGUAAACCGCGAGGACCGUAUGCCGAGAUCAAGCCCAUUAGCAAGGCCCCUGUAGCGGGCCAGAAUGCAGACACGGACCCUGAAGACCAACCAACUAAGGCUAACUCCAAUGGCGCUGGGAACGCUGGGACCAAUGGCAAGAAAAUAGGGGAGAGGGAGAGAUGUGGGUCUCUGUCAACAGAGGAAACGACAGACACGAAGGGGAUGGAGGGAGAGGAGGAUAAGAGCUUUCUGAAGGUGGACCCAGAGUUAGUGGUGACGGUUCUGGGAGACCUGGAGCAGCUGCUCUUCAGCCAGAUGCUUGACCCGGAGUCUCAGAGGAAAAGGACCGUGCAAAAUGUUCUGGACCUUCGACAGAACCUGGAGGAAACCAUGACCAGCUUGAGAGGCGUUCAGCUCAGCCACAGCUGUGCGGAGGGCAACAUGUACUACGAAAGCGAUGAAGCCGCCGCCUUCUCAAUUUCCAGUCUAUCGAAUCGCUCCUCGCCGUUGUCGUGGCGCCAGGGCCAAGCCAGCCCCCGAAUGCAGGCCGGGGAAGCUCCGUCCACAGGUAACAGCCAGUUGGACGUCCCCCUCCGCAUCAGCCACACCGCUCGCAUCCAACUAAUCGAAGCGCUGGACGACUCGAACCCGUCCCUUCUGAAGGGAGAUUACCUCGGCAACAGCGACCGCGGCUGUAGAAGCCCAAACGAGGAGGAGGAGGACGACGACGACGAUGAGGAUGACAUCGAUGAUCUUGGAAAUGGUUGGGACGAGAGCAGUUCCAUCAGCAGUGGUUUGAGCGACGGCUCAGACAACCUCAGCUCUGAAGAGUUCAACACGAGUCCCACUCUCAACUCCCUUCCGACCACACCCAUCGGCUCCCGCAGAAAUUCAGCCAUUGUGAUGCGUACGGACGCCGAGAAGAGAUCUCUGGUGGAGAGUGGUCUGUCAUGGGAGAAUGAGGAGACCAAACCCGUCCGAAAGAGCCAGGGCGGCGGUGUCUACGAUACAGGAAGUCUCAAGUCCGAAUCGGCCAAUAAAUGGAAAAAGACGCGAACGCAGGUGGGGAGGCUGGAGGGCGGGAAAGGCGAGCUGAAGAAGCCUCAGACCCUGGGUCAAGGGAACGUGUUGAAGAAAGGAAGGAACCCACCCGUUGGAGUCACCUCGCCGAUAACACACACCUCUCAGAGUGGGCUGAGAGUGGCAGGUACCGUAAAGUCAGAUGGCAAGCCAGUGGAUAAGUCUCGGUUAGCGGUGAAGGCCUCUGGCCUCCAGCGCUCCUCCUCCGAUGCCGGUAAAGAGCUGAGAAAUGACGGCGGCGCUGGUGAGCGCAAACCUCCGUCCGGCCUCGUCAGGCCCUCGACUGGUGGAAACUUUGGCUUCAAGAAGCCUGCCACAGCCACCAAUAAUGGCACAAACAAUGCAGGUACGCCCGUACCCGGCUCUGCAACUGUAGGGAAGAUUCCCAAAACCUCCGGCAUUCCUGUCAAACCAGCGGCUGGCGGCGGCGGACGGAAGACUAGUCUUGACGUUUCAACCAGCGACCAGAGUGGUUUUCUGUCUCCAAAUGCCAGGACCUCCCUUCAGUACCGCUCUCUGCCUCGCCCGGCAAAGACGAGCACCCUGACUCUGACCCGACCGAGCUCAGCUCGCCCGGUGAGCAGUACCAUGGACUCUGGCUUGGGGCAUACCAAACCACCGCAGGGUAGACUCCGAGAGCCCGCCUCAGGCCUCGGUUCUGGGCUGAGUAAGGCAGGCGGCCGUGGGAUCCCAAGUCCCAGUCCGGUCAAUCAGACAGACAGAGAGAAAGAGAAGGAGAGGGCCAAAGCCAAAGCUGUGGUGUCUGACUCUGAGUGUGGAGGUGGGCCCCUGAAGGGCAGCCCUGCUCAGACCCCUUCAGAGAACGGAGGGAAGCUGCAGGGGCUGAGACCUCCCAGCAGUGCCAAGGGCGUGGAUCUGCACUCCAGCAACACACCCAGGUUAACAGGAAUGCGCAGCCUUGCAAAACCUCCGUCCAUGGCCCAGCUCAACAAGCUGAACUCAAACAGCCUAGAGGUGGGAGUUCAGAACUCCCUGCCACCCAAGAUACCUCCCUACUCUAAGCUCCAGGACCUGGCCAGCUCGGCCGGCAGCUCCAGUGGCCCCGGCCUGACCCCAAGCCCCGCGCCUUUGCUCAAUGUCAACUCUUCGGCCUGCUUCUCCAGCUCAGGGAGCGGUUUGGGACCCGGGCAGGUCUCUUCUCUGGAGGUGCAGGGAAGCCGCGGAAGCAGCUCUCCCCUCCUCUACCCUCGUCUGUCCGGGCUGCAUCGCAGCAUGGAGUCGCUGCCGCUCCAGAUGAGUCUCGCCCCGGAGCCCCAAGAGAGGGAGAAGGCGAGGGAGAGGGAGACCUUGGUGAGGGGCUACACCACCUUAGAGUCUCGCCAUAAAGAAAGACAGGAAGACAGAGGGCCUCCCACCAGCUGGAGCUCCGGCAGUAAAGUCUCCUUUUCUCACGCGGACAGUUCUCAGAGAGACAGAAACACACUGCCAAGAAAAGGUUUAAGCUUCAGUGGGGCCUGCCCGGUCGAGGAGGAAGGGAAGGAGAAAGGAGACAGGAGACACUCUCACACUAUUCUUAGUAUGACAGAUUCACUCACUCUUCCCCUGCUGUCCUCACCAACCUCCUUACCCCGCACCUCUAAAGCCAGUAUGGUACGCAGCCCCAUCGGCGGCCCUCCGCGGAUGACUCGCUCCAACAGCAUCCCGACGCACGAUGCCUCUCUCGAGUUGUCUCCGGUGGGCAGCACGCUGUCGUUGUCGGAGCGCCCUCGCAGCAUGGGGAUGAUUCGCUCCGGGUCGUUCAGGGACAGGGAGCCCGACGAGGUUCAUGGGUCUGUUCUUUCUCUGGCGUCUAACGCGUCAUCAAGCUACUCCUCGGUGAGUGUGGGCAGCAUGCAGACUCAGGCUGAGGAGAGGAUUCAGGGAGAGCAAAUCCGUAAACUGAGGAGGGAGCUGGAAUCGUCGCAGGAGAAGGUGUCUAAUCUGACGACGCAGCUGACAGCAAACGCAAAUCUGGUGGCUGCCUUUGAGCAAAGUUUGCAACUGAUGACUACCCGGCUGCAGAGUCUGUCAAUAACCCAGGAGCAGAAGGAUACAGAGCUCUUGGAUCUGAGGGAGACCAUCGAGGCUCUGAAGGUCAGGAAUGACGAGGCCCAGGCCGUCAUACAUGGAGCCUUAAACACGCCGGAUAACAUGAAAGACAUGCGGAUUCGACGUCAGAAUUCAUGUGAGAGCAUCUCCAGUCUCAACAGCUUGACCAGUAUGUCCAGCGUUGGAAGCUUUAAGGACCAAGAUGCCAAAAAGAAGAAGAAAAAGAACUGGCUGAGGAGCUCCUUCACCAAGGCAUUCAGCAUUAAAAAAGGCGCCAAAACAUACUCGGACAUUGAGGAAAUUGCCACCCCCGACUCGUCUGCCCCAAACUCCCCAAAGAUGCUCCAUGAGGGGACAGAACUAGAAAACCAGCCCUCGUCCCUCAAAACAUCAGCCUCUGCUACCUCUUCCAUGAUCAUGGAAGCCACAGAAGAGGGAGACAAUGAAGAAACAGCGGUGACAGACUUGCGCUCAGAACUCUGGGUGAAGGAGAGAGAACUGACCGACAUCCGACUGGAGGCCUUAAGCUCUGCACAUCAGCUGGAGCAGCUCCGGGAAGCCAUGAACAGCAUGCAGUCUACGGUUGAGGACCUGAAGGCAGAGAAUGACCAUCUAAAAACGGGCUCCAGUCCCACCUCCUCCACUUCCCACCCUGCCGGCCUGGCCUCUCUCCUGGGGCCCUCCCUGAGGCAGCCCAUGAGCAUGUCCCUCACCAAGUCCUUCAGUCUCAGUCUGAGUGACUGUAAAGAUCCGGAGGUGUCUUCAGUUGACACGUUGAGCGUGUGUUCUCAGCGGGAUGAGGAAUGUGCACGCGUGCUCGUCCGCAUUGGAGAUCAACUAGAGGACAGUAAACAGCCGCAGGAGUUCUACCUCGGCUCAGUAUCGGUCAGUGCGGGAACAGGCUGGUCCUGUCUGGACUCCAUGAUAUCAAAGACCUUCACGGACUAUCUAACUCACGUGGACCCGACUGCCAGCCUGGGUCUGACUUGUGAUUCGCUGCACACGUUGCAGCUGUCCUCGGGAGUGCAGAGGGUGAUGGGAGGGGACAAACCUCUAGCUUCGCCUUAUCGUUGUAUCAGCGGCGGUCCAGCUGAAAUACACGUCACUUUAAAAGGUCUCAGAGAAAAGUGUGUUGACUCACUGGUGUUUGAGACUCUGAUUCCUAAGCCGAUGAUGCUGCACUACAUCAGCUUGCUGCUGAAGCACCGGCGUUUGGUUCUGUCCGGGCCGAGCGGGACCGGAAAGACAUACCUGGCUCAGCGCCUGGCCCACUUUCUCCUCCAGCGCAGCCGGACCGACUCGCCCGAGGGCGACCAUGAGACCUGUGUCCUCGGCCGCAGCGCUGCCGUCACCUUCAACAUGCAUCGUCAAACCCAGAAGGAGUUGCAGUUGUAUCUCUCGGAUCUGGCGAAUCAGAUUGACAGAGAGACUGGGGGGGAACUGCCACUGGUUGUUAUUAUUGAUGACAUCAGUGAUCCAGCAGCCAUCACAGAGCUUGUUAAUGGAGCAUUAACCUGCAAGUAUCACAAAUGCCCUUACAUCAUUGGCACAACCAAUCAACCUGUGAAAAUGUCAUCCAACCACGGUCUACAUCUUAGCUUCAGGAUGGUGAUGUUCUCCAACAACGUGGAGCCGGCUAACGGGUUCCUGGUGAGGUACCUGCACCGUAAAGAGGUGGAAGCCUACCAGGAUAAGGAGCAGGACUCCGCACAACACCAGGCUCUUCUCAGAGUGUUGGACUGGAUCCCUCAGCUCUGGUACCACCUGCACACGUUCCUGGAGAAACACGGCACUUCCGACUUCCUCAUAGGUCCAUGCUUCUUCCUGUCGUGCCCAGUGUCGUUGGCAGAGUUCAGCCAGUGGUUUAUUGACCUGUGGAACCACUCCAUAAUCCCGUACCUCCAAGAGGGAGCCAAAGACGGCAUCAAGGUACACGGGCAGAAGGCAGUAUGGGAAGAUCCAGUGGAGUGGGUCAGGGGGACUCUUCCGUGGCCUAACGCACAGCAGGACCAGUCCAGGCUCUUUCACCUACCUCCGCCGAGCGUGUGUCUACUCAAUGAGGAGAAGAAGCCCCCCAAAGAUACACCGCCACCCAGCGCAAUGGAGUCAGAUCCCUUGAUGGCCAUGCUGCUGAAGCUCCAAGAGUCGGCCAACUACAUAGAGUCUCCAGAGCGCGAAGGAUGUCUCGAUCCCUCUCUGCAGACCACACUUUGAGAACGGAUCUAUGAAACUCUUCACUCAUACUGACACAGCGGGUGCAGUCCCAAUGAGACAUCAAAGACUCAAUGACUUGACUGUGUGCUCAGUGAGCAGCUUCAAAGGUUUGCCCUGCCCUGCUACCAGAAAGACAAUUCAACUGCUCGCAUAUGAUGCUGUGAUGAUCAUUUAAAGGAAAGACAUGUGUUCCAAAUGGGUUGUUCUUAAAUCUGCAAGUGCAUGGUAUCCGGAAUAGUAUGACGCAAAAUAUAACCUAUAAUCCCAUUGAUCAAAGCCCAUUGUUUUGUUUUGUUUUCUUGGCUGCCACAACUUUCACAACAAAUUUCAUAAUGGAAUUCACCAAUUCCCUAAAAAGUAGGUCCAUCACUUGACGACAGCCAAAGAUGCACUUUAUUUUCUACUUGUGGUAAUUGGAUUUUAGGAGGCUGUGUCAGUGACUGUGUAACUUGUGGAAUCAUGCAGUUCAUUACUAAUACCCCACGAUGGCAGCAUCUACUUCCUCCUCAGUGCUCUGCUGGCGUUCUGACUUGUCAGAGAUGCUCUGUAGAGUGUAACACACACUUUAUAGCAGAGCCAUGGAAAUUGGCCUUGAAUGUUUUUCUUCUCUUCAGUUCAGCAAUUGUGUAAUUCAUGACUUCAAUAUCAGAACAACAAAGCUGUAAGAGUAGCACCCAUGGGUGAAAAAUGAAUGGAAAUCGUUCAGGUUGGUUUGUAAAGAAAAUGUCUUAAUCUGUGGACACCGGUUUUCUCCGUUCAAAUUGAACCUAUUCAACACACUGUAGUGUAAAAACAGAGGACGAACUGCUUGUUUUUGAAAUCUGCCCACACGGCUCAUCCUUUCAGACUGUGCGUGCGUGUAUUCAGUAUUUAGAUAUCAGUUUCAAAACACAAAAUUCUCCUGUGAUUGAUGAGGAAAAUCUUGAUUUUGUAGGAUUUUAUACGGAGUCAUCUUCAGCGAUCAUCUGUAUACAGCAGCUAUCACCUAUGUAUGCCUAUAUCAUUAUCGACAGCUGCAGGAAACACUUCUUUCUUUGCUGUCUAAAUCAUUAAGCGUUCACUCAAGUGGAAAACAUUAUUAAAUAAACUUCCAUUAGGUGAUAAUAAUUAGUACAUAAAAGCAUUUUCCUCCUCAUUGCAUUUGCUCUUUCUCACUUGACGUGACUGUAAGAGGUUUUGGGGGCUAAGUAGGUUGAAAUAAGUGGCUUCCUCCUAUUUCUUUCCUUUAUUUCUUUGCACAUAAUAUAUGUAUUUAUUGCUCACAUCUUGACUGUCCUAAUGAUGACAGAAUGAAGCAAGAAGAGACGGCAGUCUGAGGUACUUUUAUUCUAAGUACCUCAGACUGCCGUAAUUCUGUCCAGAUGUUCCUCUUCUGUCCAAAACAGGGUGCUGGUGUAAAGUAAAGUAGAGACAUGAUGCCUAAGUCUACCUGUGCCUGAAAAACAAUUGGCCUGGAGCUUCUUUUGAGCUGCUUUAAUCUUCCACGCAGAGGCCUCGAUUGGAGGAAACGUCAUCACUUCCUCUCACCUACUCUGAUGUCACUUUAAUGUUAUCCCCUUGAUGCCCAGAUUUAGUUGGAGAGUGGGUUGGGCGACUGGUGGUCACGGUGAUACGCUGUGAGAUAAGAUGGUGUGUUUGCCAUGUGACUCUGCAACAGACGAUGAUGCGUAUCAAUGGCCGAAUC